AUGUCUCAAGAUCAAUUAUCAGUGGAAGAAUUUCUUACCAAUUUUUCAAUUUACGAUAAUGAUAUUCAACAAUCACUUGCAUUAAAUGAAAACUUAUCGGAUAAAUGUCAUGUUUUAUCUGUCAAUAAUAUUGCAAUUUCGUAUGAUUCGAUAGAUUUUAUCGACCCACAAAAUUGUGGUAUCGACAAAAAGGACCUUGAUUUAUAUUUGUCGGGGCAAGACAGUUCGAAAAGUAUUGAAAUUGAUGUUAACGCAGAUCUUGCAUUGAAUAAUUAUAUUCCAAUUCCAUUCAAAAAACUUAUUCGUGAAAAUACACGUAUGAAAUCAAGAUCUAAUUCUAUUCCAUUAUCUGAAUCAGUUGGUGUUACAAUGCCGAAACAAUCUCAAAAUUUAUCGCAUCGAAUUGAAAUCGUUCAUGAUCUCGAAAUUGGUUAUAAACCAAGAUAUAAAAGUGAUUAUUUUUCUCAAGAUGGAACUAUACGAAAACCGCGAUAUGUGGCUGAUCGAAUCGGUAAUCAUUUUGUUACUAUCAAAGUAGUACCUGGUGUUCAAGGUUGGAUUCGAAUCGAUUGGGUAACCAUUCCACUUGAAAACCAUAUUCGAUAUUCUAUGCCUUACAAGUUUCAAACAAACAACGAAUUGAUUGACGUACCAGAUGAGAACCCAAUUUAUGUACCUAUCGAGGCUGAUCGUUCAGGAAUAAUGCAACUCUAUUUAGUAUUAAUUAAAGCAAAACAAGAAGAAUUGAAAUCACUUCAAUCAUUGAAACCAUUUCCAGACAUUCUUGAUGUAUCAUAUACAAUUAAUUUGAAAUCAAUGUUGUUAUUAAAUCCAAAACACAUAAUUCAAGAAUAUCAAUUAGAUAGAUCUCAAUUAGCAUUUACAUUUUGUACCUUAAGUCCAGAUGGAAAAUCAUGUAUACCUGAAUGGAAUACAACCGUUUAUUCAACGGUUCUUACUGAAAUAUCUACUGAUAUAUCAAAAAAAAGAAAGGCAACUUGCCCAAACUAUAAACAAAAAAACAAUCGACAAAGACAAGAAUUUUGGUGCUUAGAAUUUAACUGUAUAUCAUCGCCCUCCACAAUUACUCGGAAUAUGGCAUUUGUGAAUAAUGUACAAUAUGAACGCAUAUCUGUAGAAGCAAACAGCGACAUUUUAUUAUCUAUAAAAGAGGAAAAUGAAUUAUUUCCUGAAUUGGGCCUUGAUCAUUUAUUUGGCCAAGAUUUUUUUUCAUUGAAUUCUCCUUUUUCUAGUGAAUAUAAUUGCCAAAAUUUCACUGAAUCAAUAGGAAAUCCCGUUGAAUCAGAUGAGCUCGACCGAUAUCUCGGACCAGGAAACUCUCGAGAUCUUUCUUUCGAACGUGAUGAUACUCGUGCAUUAAUAAAUGAUUUAUUUGUAUCACCUAUAGAGAAUAAAAAUGAGUCAAAAUCAAAUACAAGACCAAUUGAAUUGUCAUCGUCUGUUGGUGUUGGCCAGCCACAAAUAUCAAUAAAACCGUCACAUCAAAUACAAAUUGUUUUUCCAUUAGAAGAAUUUUUUCGAGCACGAUAUAAAAGUGAUUAUUUUACACACGAUGGAAAGAGUCGUAAGCCAAGAUAUGUGGCCGAUCGCGUUGGCAAUCAUUUUAUUACACUCCAAAUACCAUUGGGUGUUUCUGGUGGGAUUCGAGUCGAUUGGCUAACAAUACCUACUGAAUCGCAUGAGCGAUAUUCUAUGCCCUAUCGAUUUCAACGAGAUAAUGUAUCAACUGAUGUAUCAGAUUGUAAUCCAGUAUAUAUGCCCAUCAAAACUGAUAAGGCGGGAAUGAUGAAAUUGUAUUUGGUAUUAAUUAAAUCGAAACAAGAUGAAUUAAAAUCACUUCAACCUCUCAAACCAUUUCGUCCAUUGCAAGAUGUUUUUGGUAUAUCGAAUAAAAAUAAUUUUAAACAAAUGCCUCAAUUACAUCCAAAACAAUUAAUUCAAAAGUAUCAAUUGGAUAAAUCUCAAUUAGCAUUUACAUAUUGUGCAUUAAGUUCAAAUGGAAAAAAUUUUAUUCCUGAAUGGGAUACAACUGUUUACUCAACAGUUCUCACCGAAGUACCACCGGAAAAUCUCAAAAGGAAAACACUUUCAUGUCCGAAUUGUGCACAUGUAUUUGAUUUAUCAUCGGUUGGUGAUGAUCAUGAUAGUAUUCAAGAAACAGUAAAAGAUAAACGAAAAGUAAAUGAACGUAAUUGUGAAAAACCAAUACAACCAACAAAAAAACGCAAGUCUAUUCCAAAUGACAUAGUUAAUCUUCAUUGUUUAUCGGAUUAA